AUGGCCGACUUCCAAUUUGGCCCCAAAACCCACAGGGAUCGAGAGCAAGUGGUAUACCGGACCUACGUAUGCCAGAUCUCUCGCUUUCUAGAUGCUCAUGGAAUCCCCAAUGUGCUCUGGGGGGAGCUUGUGAUGAAUAUGCUUCUCAUUCCCCUUGUGAUAGAUGGUAUUUGCAUCGUCAUCCCCGACGAACAUAUUGACAAAGCGCGCGACCUCUUGCUAGCAGCUGGCUGUCCCCCUUGCCAGGCGGGGAGCCUUUGCCCCUUCUACCAUCCCUACGCUUCCCGCGCCAUCCCCUACGCACACUUCAACCUCAUAGACCGCGGCCCCUUGGACUUCUACAAACCUGAGAUAUUCGGCGAAAAUCCCCGGGAAUGGUACACGCUGGAACUCUUCAAGAAGUCUGAUGUGCUGUGGGGAGCGCCUGAGAUCCCACUCAGCCCACCCAUUCCCAAUGAUCCUGAUUAUUGGACAGUCACCGAUGACCGACUUCCUGAAGUCGCCAUUGAAUACCAGCUAGGCCGCAUUGUCGACGCAGAUUAUCCAGUUAAGAUCCCCUCGCCAGCACGCUUCGCCGAGUCACUGACCCUCUUGUACUUCCGGGAUAACUUUCCGGAAGAAACUGCCAGAGGGAACCACUGGGAUUCGCUGCUAGUGGACAUGAAGACAGUUCUGAAAAAGGACCGCCUUUACAAACUGGAGGACCUUCCAUCACGUACUCAGAGCUGGUUCAAAUUUCUGGACAAACCUCCAGUGAAUAGAAUGCAAGGUCGUGUGGGGGAGAAGUUUGCGGCGGCGAUGAGGAAGGCCGGCGAGAUCCCAGAGAGAAGUCCCUGGCCGUCGGCAGUUCUUGGGUUGCCUGGAUGGCGUGAAGAGCUUAAACGAUGGGAUGAGGAGGAAGAGGAGAUGAGGAAGAAAGAAGAAGAGGUGAAAGAGGAGCAGACUGCGUGA